AUGCUGCGCUCCGCCCUCAGACCCCAUGCAGGCUCGCUCCUACGUCGUGCACUGUCCACCUCGACCACCCUUGACGCUCAACGCGCAGCUCCUGGUGCCCUGAACAAGUACUCUCGCAUCAUCACUAGGCCCAAGGAUCAGGGUGCUUCCCAGGCCAUGCUUUAUGCCACUGAUGGUAUAGAGGACGACGAGGAUCUCGCCCGUGCUAUGGUCGGUAUCGGAUCCAUCUGGUACGAGGGUAACCCAUGCAAUGCCCAUCUCCUCUCCAUCUCGCAGCGUGUUAAGAAGUCCGUUCAGCAGGCUGGGCUCACUGGCUACCAGUUCGGUGCUGUCGGUGUUUCGGAUGGUAUUUCGAUGGGUACUGAUGCUAUGUCCUACUCUCUUCCCUCGCGUGACUUGAUUGCCGAUUCGGUCGAGUCUGCUUGUGGUGGUCACUGGCUCGACGGUGCCGUCGUUAUUCCUGGUUGUGACAAGAAUAUGCCUGGUGUAUUGAUGGCUCUCGGACGUCUCAAUCGUCCCGGUAUCAUGCUCUAUGGUGGUACGAUUCGACCUGGUGCUUGUGCUAGCGUCCAAGGUACUCUCGACAUUGUUUCUGCUUUCCAGUCCUACGGCCAGUAUCUCGCCAAUGGUGGUACGCCUGAGGCAGACAAGAUUCGAUACGACACUGUCCGCAACGCCUGCCCCGGUCCUGGUGCCUGCGGUGGUAUGUACACUGCCAACACCAUGGCAUCGUGCGCCGAAGCCCUGGGUAUGACUCUCCCAGGCAGCUCCUCCUUCCCUGCCGAAUACCCUGAAAAGAUGGCCGAAGCCGAAAACAUGGGUGCCGCGAUGCGCCUCAUCCUCGAGAGGGACAUCAAGCCCCGUGACAUCAUGACUCGUUCCGCUUUCGAGGACGCUAUUGCCCUUACCAUGGUCCUUGGUGGCUCCACCAACGCCGUUCUUCACCUUAUCGCCAUCGCUCAUUCGGUCGGUAUCGAGCUCAGCAUCGAUGAAUUCCAGCGUAUCGCCGACAUGACACCCUUCCUUGCCGACCUCAAGCCUUCGGGCAAGUACGUGAUGGAAGAUGUUCAUUCCAAGCUCGGCGGUAUCCCCACCGUCAUCCAAUACUGUAUCGAGAAUAAACUCAUCAAGGGUGAACAUAUCACUGUUACCGGUCGCACUCUUGCUGAGAACGUCGACCGAUGGACUCAGGAGCGCGGCAAACUUCCUGUUGGUCAGCAAGUCCUUCGUCCCCUCAGCAAACCUCUCAAGAGCACUGGUCAUAUUCGCAUUCUUAAGGGUAACCUCGCUCCCGGUGGAGCAGUCGCUAAAAUCACUGGCAAGGAAGGUCUUCGAUUCACUGGUAAAGCUCGUGUCUUUGACACAGAAGAUGCUAUGGUUGCUGCUGUCGAACAAGGCGAGAUCAAGAAGGGUGAGAAGACGGUUAUCGUUCUUAGAUACAAGGGUCCUAAAGGUGGUCCUGGUAUGCCAGAGAUGCUCAAGCCUACCAGUUUGAUUAUGGGUGCUGGCUUGGGUAAGGAUGUUGCUUGUUUGACUGAUGGUCGUUUUUCGGGAGGAAGUCAUGGUUUUGUCAUCGGUCAUGUUGUUCCAGAAGCACAGGUUGGUGGUCCAAUUGGUUUGGUUCAGGAUGGUGAUAUCAUCGCUAUAGAUGCAGAGACAAAUACUCUUGAGCUUGUCGGGGUUUCAGAUGUUGACCUCGAAAUGCGUCGUGCUGCAUGGAAGCCUCUUGCUCUUAAACCAAAGUCUGGCCACUUGCUCAAAUUCGUCCGCAAUGUCGCCGAUGCUUCUCACGGUUGCAUCACCGACAUGUAG